CUUGGACUCUGGCUAGGAUGCACUCAGUUCACCCCUGCAGGAAUGACGCUUACGGCGGAAUGUGAUUAUGAGGAAGGAUGACUGUGCCGGUCCAUCGCGCUGGUUGGGGCUGCUCUCUAAUUCUGUACACAGAACCUCAUUCGACACUUCAUGAUAGAUUCGGCUCUCCACGACAUUAUACCGAAGGGGUGGAUUACCCACGAUGUGCAGCUCUAUACACCUACCUCGUCCAAUAUGUCUGGCUCGCUGAAGGCCACCCACUGGUCAACCGACAAGACAUGGACCCAACUUCCACCAAAGACUUUCUGAGAGGGGUACGCAAAUUCCUAAGAAACCAGUCACGAAGACACGUUAUCAAACAAAUACCUUUUCCCAAGUCAUACUAUAUAGAAUCAGACUCAACCCUUGCAAUGAAACCGCUAUUGGCCUAUCAAGGCACAGGGUAGACAUUCACUGUAAGCCGGCUGGGUUCAAACAUUGUUGUUGUCUGUCAACGAGGUGGCGAAGCUGACCAUCAAGUCUGGACGACUACUGAGGUAGAUAGUCUCUGCACCACAGAAUGUGUCGCAUUUCUCGG